AUGAAUGUUUUAGAUAAACCAGUACUAAGUAAAACUACAAAAGCUGCAAGAGAUGUUUUGGGAAGAAAAUUAUUGUUUAGAGGUGAAUUCAAUUACAAUGUGACUUUCCAAGUUAGAAAGAUAAAAGCAAAGGCUUUUGAGCUAAAUAAUUUUAAUAAUCUAUUUGGAACGAAUUGGAUAGAGAAAUUCGAUCUCUGUGAUUUACCCAUUAACCACUAUUGCAAAAAUGUAAUAGGCACAGGCACAAGUUCUAACACAGACUUGGACAAAUUGCAAAAAGAAUUAAAGAAAGUAUUCCCAGAUGUAUUUUCAGACGAACUAGGUGCAUGUUUGAAAACAAAAGCAAAAUUUGAGAUAAAAAAGAAUGCAAUACCAAUUUUUAAACCAAAAAGAAAUGUGCCAUACACUGUGUUAGACCAGAUAAACUUAGAGAGACUAGAAAAAAUUGGAGUUAUCCAAAAAUUGGCAUAUUCUAAAUGGGCAUCAUCAACUGUGUAUGUUAAGAAAAAGAAUAAAAUCAGAUUGUGUGCUGAUUUUUUCACUGGGUUAAACAAAUGUCUUAAAAUGUUCAACUAUCCGCUACCUACUCCAGAAGACAUAUUUGCGAAAUUAGAUAGUGGCAAGAUAUUUUCUAAAUUGGAUCUCUCUGAUGCAUAUCUACAAAUUAGAGUAGAUCAUGAAUGCUCUAAAUACCUAACAAUUAACACGCAUAAAGGACUGUAUAAAUACAACAGGUUAUCAUUUGGCUUAAAAGUCACACUGGUGAUCUUCCAACAAAUUAUGGAUGCAAAGUUAGCAAACUGUGAAUUCACAAUUGCGUAUCUCGAUGACAUAUUGAUUAAGAGUGGAUCAAGAUGUUAG